AUGUGCUUUACAGAGGAACUAACCUCACUGAAGUUCUAUGGUCCCCAGAGGAACCAAACCCAUACGAAAGUCAAUGUGGGGAACUUCACUGAAGUUCUAUGUGGUCCAAGAGGAACCAACCUACACGAAAGUCAAUGUGGUUACAGAGUAACUAACUUCUGUGAAGUUUUUGUGGUCCAAGAGGAACCAACCUCCCCGAAAGUCAAUGUGGUUACAGAGGAACUAACCUCACUGAAGUUCUAUGUGGUCCCAGAGGAACCCAACCUACACGAAAAAGUCAAUGUGGUUACAGGAACUAACCUCACUGAAGUUCUAUGUGGUCCCAGAGGAACCAACCCACACGAAAGUCAAUGUGGUUACAGAGGAAAUCCAACCUCACUAGGAACCAACCCAAGGAAAACAACUACAGAGAAAUUGGUCCCAGAGAACCAACCUCCACGAAAGUCAAUGUGGUUACAGAGGAACUAA